CCACGAUCUGUCUCGGCUGCAAGCGAGCAAAUUAUCGCGCGUCGUGACACAUUGCUGUACGAAAACGCGCUCCCGCCGAAAAAUGGCCGUACUGGUCACCGCGAAAUAAAGAAGACUAAGGAGACCAAGGGAGUGCGAGGCCCUGGAUUAGUUGACAGCCCCAAGGUACGGUUACGGAGUGACGACUUAUAAAUUUAGUUUCUGUUGAACCGCCCUCGCACUUGAUGGGUUGUUGCGUAUUUUGUCUUUUUCUUGUGAGGCUCUGAAUUAUACCAAUGCUCUUCCUCCCCCACUAAAUAUUUUUCGGAAAUUUUGAUCCUCUAAAGGCCGCAGAGCGGAGGAGCGUGGCCAGACGAAAGGUUUCCGGCGAUGAGCCCCGGAAGAUUCAACCCGAGAGAAGAAAUGUCACAUUCUUCAUGCAGUAAAUAUUUUUGUUUUAGACGGAUCACUAAAAAAAGCGUAAAUUGCUCACACAUGAUGAACAUUGAUUUUCUGGAAGUUUUUACGGAACAAAAGAAGUAGCAGUAGUAGAAAAAUUGAAGCAAGUAUAGCAACGGCGUAGAGUCGCGAAAUUGACUAAAAAACUAGUUAUACCAGGGAGGAAAAGCAUGUAGUCCUAUGAAGCAAAAAACGUAGCUGCGGGCACGUAUGUGCCCUGUGGCUGACCGCCUAACUGACACACAUGCGAUGCCAUUGAAUAUCGAUUGGCGGAUGGACCCGCCGCCCGAAGUAGGGUUAAUAUCAACACGCCGCUUAUCAGAAAUUAUUAUCAAUAUACAACGACCUUGUCUUAUCCCAUGUUUGAAAUGACUUUUUAGCUCCAUAUUCGCUCAUUCAAUAUUACUACACUUCUAGCAGUAGCACCAGAUCAACAUGGAUGACGCAGUUCGCUGUUAUCAUCUACAUUUUUUAUAGUCACUAUUUGAAGUCAUACAUUUUUUUAUUUCAAUCGACAUAUAGAAACUUGUAGUUGGCCGUUUAGACACAUAUCAUCAUACUCACUGCGAAAUGCAAAUCACUAGAACCACGAGUAGAAGUAGAAGUUUGCUUCACUAUUAUAUCAGCGGCAUGGCAACGGCUAAGAUCUCCUUCUAAGGUCGUAGGCGCAUGCAUCGCCUGACAACCUGAAACAAGGCUUAUCUAAAGGCGAAGCUGUUAGAAAAUUCAAGAAUUAGCUCCUCAGAGGCCCACUCGUGUUCUUCCAUGAUCAUGCUCCCAGCUUCACUAGCUAGGGUAAGCUUCUACCCGCAAACAGUAGCUGUUCAAGAGGUGAAUAUCACUUCAUGCGACUCAAUACUGCUGAAGCACCGACGUGGUUUUCUAUUAUUCUUGUAUCGCGGUUUUAGAACUCCUUGCCAAAUACUGAGCCAAUGUUUAGUACUAUCCUUAGUUGGACGCUAAAAGAUUGGUUGACUUUUUUUUCUGUCAGCACAUUGAUUCCAAAAAUAUACUGCUGCCUUCUACAACACGUGGGUGGACAGGGAGAGAGAGAAGUAAAGGUAGUCGAUAAAGCUUCUUGUUGAUUGAGAACCACCGCAAUCGUAAUGAUUGUAAACCUUAAAUUGAUGAAAAGCUUAUGGCAAAAUCCAGUUUUUGAUGGUGAAGCAAACACUUCCCAGGAGGUUCAAUGAUACCUAAGUACGUAGGAACGUGUCGCAACACCGCGGUUCGAAUUUUUUAUGUUGUAGAAAGGCACGUGCGCCACACCAUGCUGCUACGCAAAUUCUAAGUGAUUCAUUCACUCUCUUCACUCAUAUACUGUGGCACGAAGAUAAGGUGACUAAUAAACGGCUCGUUUUUGUGGUACUGCUCCCUCCGGCGCCUCAAAGCCUAUCAUCUAG